AUGGGAUCUGCAUCAGCCUUUGAGAAGGUAUGCUCUCAUAUUUGCUUUGCUUUCAUUACUCUGUUUGUUGCAUUAUCAAUUGUAGCUCAUGCAUCUACGUCCUUUGAGGAAGCUGAUGCUCUUGUCACAUGGAAAGCCAGCCUCCAAAACGACGCCCAAUCUCAGCUAUCUUCAUGGACUUUGCUUCCUAAUAAUGCCACCAAUUUUUCUACCAAGCUAAAUUCAAGCACUAGCCCUUGUACUUGGAUUGGUAUUUCAUGCAACCCUGUUGGAAGUGUCAUAAAAAUAAAUCUUAGUCGUUCAAGCUUAAAGGGUUCACUACAUGAAUUUUCAUUUUCCUCAUUUAUUAAUCUUGAAUAUGUUGAUCUUAGUCAGAACUCACUCUCUGGUACUAUUCCACAUCAGAUUAGUGACCUCUCCAAUCUCAUCUAUUUGAACCUGUCAAUUAAUCAGUUGUGUGGAAAAAUCCCACCAGAAAUUGCCCUACUGACAAACCUUAAGGUCUUGUGUUUGGGUAUAAAUAAGUUAUAUGGUUCAAUUCCUCAAGAAAUAGGUCAGUUAAGGUCUCUUAAUGUGCUUGCUUUGCAAAGCAAUUAUCUAGAUGGUCCCAUUCCUCCUUCUUUGGGUAAUUUAAUCAAUCUUGGUUACUUGUGUCUCAAUCAAAAUUCACUAUCCGGUUCCAUUCCUUUAGAACUUGGAAAUCUCACCAACCUGGUUGAACUUUACAUAAAUAACAAUAGUUUAGCUGGUCCACUCCCUAGAGAAAUAGGGAAUUUGAAAUCACUGAAAUGUUUGAGCCUUCAAAAAAACAAUCUUGUUGGUUCAAUCCCGACAUCAUUAUGUGAACUAGGAAAUCUUACCUAUAUUGAUCUCUUCCAGAAUAGUCUUUCGGGUGCCAUUCCACAAGAGAUUGGACACUUGAAGUCUCUUGUUUUUCUUCAAUUGAGUGUAAAUCAACUCAAUGGUUCUUUUCCAACUUCAAUUGGUGAAUUGAGCCAAUUAGAAAUUUUUUAUGUUCGUGACAACCAAAUCUCUGGUUCCAUUCCUCAAGAGGUGGAAAAUCUAAUGAAGUUGACUGUGUUUCGAGUGGCCCGAAACAAAUUGACCGGUUAUUUGCCCCAAAAUAUUUGUCAAAAUGGAUUGCUUCGAAACUUUACUGCAAAUGGUAAUAAUCUAAUAGGUCCAAUUCCCAAAAGCUUGAGAAACUGCACAACUUUAUAUAGAGUUCGUCUAGAGGGAAACCAACGGACUGGAAAUAUAUCUGAAGUUUUUGGCAUCUAUCCAAACCUGUAUUACAUAAACAUUGCCAACAAUAAACUUCAUGGUGAAAUUUCACCUAACUGGGGAAAAAGCUCAAUACUAACAAAUCUAGAAUUUGGGGGAAAUGGUAUUACUGGUACCAUACCAUCUGAGAUUGGAGACAUAACUAAACUAGAUGUACUUGAUCUUUCUUCAAAUCAUUUAGUUGGGGAGAUUCCUAUGGAAUUGGGAAGGUUGACUUCUUUGGUCAAGCUUGUAUUAAGCAACAAUCAACUUUCAGGUGGUAUACCUUCAGAGGUUGGGUUCUUGACAAACCUAGAUUAUGUUGACCUAUCCAAUAACAAAUUGAGCAAGUCCAUUCCAGGGAGUAUAGGGAACUUCUCACGCCUCUUCCAUAUGGAUUUGAGUCACAAUUGA